AUGAUGUCCGCCGUCGCAUCGUCUUUUCCCUCGCGCGGCCACGCGGCCCCGUUCGGCGGCUCGAGGGCACUGCCGCCGCCGCCGUCUACGCGGCGCAGCACGUCCCUCCGCCGUCCGCGGGUCUCGGCGCUCGGUGGGGGCCUUGAAGGAGAGGCGGGAAAGAUACUGGAUCCGCGCGCCACGCCGUUCCAGAUCCUCGGCCUCGACGCCACCACCGCCUUCUACUCCGCCGCCCAACUCAAGGCCGCCUUUCGCGCCCGGGUAGUGAAUAAUGUUGACCCAUUUGAUGAACCUGAGUGUGAAGCCCGUGACAUAUUUGUCAAUGAACUUCUAUGCAUUGGCACUGGAUGCCCAUAUUCUUGUGUUAAAAGGGCACCUCAUGUGUUUUCAUUUUCAGAUGAUAUUGGUACAGCUCGUGCAAUAUCUCAUGGUAAUGGAGAAGAUGACCUUGUUCAGCUCGCUGUUGGGCAGUGUCCAAGAAAGUGCAUAUACUAUGUGACGCCUUGCCAACGCACUAUUUUGGAGGAUGUUCUUGCUAGGUACAUAUCCUCUGUCAUGAGCUACUUUUUUGUCAGUUAG